AUGCUGGUGCAUAAUGAAAUCAAGAUUACAAACAUCUCCCAGGCAGUACAAGGAGACCUUAUUUAUCAUUUAUUUAGUAUUAUCGGGCCAAUCCGCUCCUUUGUAAUCCAUCAAUCUGAAUGCACGGCCACCAUCUCUCAAGCACUCGUAACGUGGGAGGUGAUGCUCGCCUAUUCCUCCGAAGAUGAAGUGUGGGCAGCAACUCGCCUAUCGGGAAUCGAACUUGCUGAUCGGAAGUUGCUUGUCGUUCCGAUCAGCUACGAAGAGGAAGAUCACCACAGUAUCAUAGAUAGGGUGAUCAAAUCGUCGCGAACGCUCUAUAUAGCGAAUCUACCUUCCGAAGCAACCGAGUUGGAUCUCUCUCAAUUAUUUUUGAAAGAAUCGUUGGGUAAAAUUAUAUUUGCCAGAGUUUUUAGUGGAUGGCCGAUGUCAAAGUAUGCUGCGGAAGCUCUGGGCAUUCCAAAAUAUGCAAGCAUAGAACUAGAGUCUGCAAAGACAGCUAGAAACGUUCUCUCUUUUUUCAAUUCCUCCGAAGACGCUCCUACAGAUGCUCCUGUAUGUUGGCUCUCAAAGGAUACGCACUUUAAUGAUGUAGAUAAUCAGGAUGAUGAUAAACCAAGUCCACCAAAGGUCCAACCGCACAUUGUAAAGAUUGCAAGAAGAGCUAUUUCUGCAACCAACCCUCUUUACGCUGGUCUGCCUGAAGAGGCCCUGAAACGGAAAAUGCUUCAACUGGCUGUUUCUAAAUCGAGCGUUCUGUUGGACUCUCAUAAAGAAAGUUUUCCGUGUAAAACGAACGCUUCUCCCACAAGCACCUCUGCUAGGAUUUCUGAAAGGCAAGAACAGCCAUCAUCAGGUGCGUUAGGCUUUUCAAAAAGACACGCCCACGGCAGGACUGGCUCCCCGCGUACAAGACGUUCUCGAUCUCCAGAACCUCAUCAUCAUCAUCAUCAUCAUCACCAUCACCAUCCUGCCAAAAAUUCUUCAGAUGAUAGUCAAAGUAGCUAUUAUUACGAAUCGAAAGCGGAUAAGCUUACAAAUGGGCAUCGUCAACAUGAGGCGGGGAACAAAUAUUCUCAUGAUCUUAGAAAAGAUCCCCGAGAUGAUGGUAGCGAUUCUCACGAGAAUACAAGGAAAAUCGGAAGGUUUUGUGAUAAUAACAGCAAGCAUGAGCGUGACGGAUCUGGUCAAAGUGCAUCAUCUGUAAAAAGGGAUUCAGAGAGGUCCUAUUCUCGAAGCUCCUCUACAACCGGUGAUGAGUCAAGAUACAGGUUAAUGAGCAGGAGAAACUCUGAACGGGUACCUGCUUCAAUAAAGAACGUUCUUCGAUCCACAGGAUCCCAUGACUUUAGGCCCACGCUAGAAGCGAAGGGGAGGAGACCCCUACGCAGCCUCUCGCCUCCCCUUGUCGCAAAAAGGGACGAGUGA